AGUAAUUAGCGCACAUUGGAUUUUUUUUAUUGCUAAAGAUGGAUUUUCCUAGAUCUUCAAGUUCUCUUGCUCUCUUUGUCUCCAUCAACUUGCUCGUCUUUGCACUAGCAAGUGGAUGCUACACUUGUUCACACCCUACUCAACCUAAAUACCCUAACUCAUUUUUCUCUUUCCCAAACCCUAACAAUAAUAAGGGAUGUCCAAGAGAUGCAUUGAAGCUUGGAGUAUGUGCCAAGAUUCUUAAUGGACCCAUCGGUGCUGUGGUGGGUUCACCGCCGGACCAUCCGUGUUGCUCAGUCCUAGAUGGACUCAUUGACCUCGAAGUGGCGGUUUGCCUUUGCACAGCGAUCAAAGCUAACAUUCUUGGAAUUGACCUUAAUAUCCCAAUUUCACUUAGCUUGCUCCUUAAUGCUUGCGAGAAGACUCCACCCUCUGACUUCCAAUGCUCCUAAUUAACUAAAUAGCUACCUUCGAAUCUUGAUCAAUUUAUUAGCAUGGUUAUUAUUAUUUGCAUGUUUUUCUGUCUUUUAUUGUUGUGAUAAGUAGUAGUGUUGUUUAAUUUCUCAGAGUGCUAUUAGUGCUUGACACACUGACUCAUUUAAUUUAGCGAGUGUAUCGUUUUCUUCUUACUUUAAUUUCUGGUGAAGAAAGUCUUGAAUGACUCUUUAAUGUA